AUGUCCGUUGCGUCUAAUUCCUCAAUGCAGUCUUCGCCCGGUAUCAAUCAACUCUUAGGCGCUGAGCGAAAAGCGAAGCAGAUCAUCGAAGAUGCCAGGAAAGAACGACAGAGUCGUCUUCGAGCAGCUAAGGAAGAGGCGGCAAAAGAAAUUGACGAAUACAAGGUGGGAUGCGAAUCUCAAAUUGCCCAGUGGAAUCAAGGUGUGAAAGGUCAAGAAGUUGCUUUGCAACAACAGAUUAACCAACAAACUGGCGAAGUUUUGAAAAGGGUUGACAAUCAGAUCACGAAGAACAGAGAGGGAACAAUUAUGUUCUUGAUCCAACAGGUGAUCAACAUUCAACCAGAACUUCACGCCAAUUAUGAAAGAGCAGCCAAGAACGAUAAGCCAAAAGGUGACACCAGAUAUCGCUAA